AUGUAUCACUCAUUGGUUCUUUCAAAAUUAAGCUACGCAAUUUUGGUCCGGGGGACAACAACAGCCUCAAACUAUAAUAAAUUAAUGGUCCUCCAAAAAAGAAUUUUACGUAUGCUCGAGGACUACAAGGGGGAUUACAGGAAUCUACGUACGGAACCUUUGUUUUUAAAACAUCACAUGCUUAGGGCAAAUCAAAUAUACUACUUUAAAUUGCUUCAAUUAAUCCACAGGAAUAGAACCUACUUAGCGCUAGAAAGUGAACUAACACCAGUGUACGAUAUUCGACGACCGAAACGUAAAGUACCUAUAAUACGCACAAAUUAUGGACGACAAACUUUAGCCUUCCAGAAUGCUACAAUUUUGAAUCGUGAUUUACUCGAAUUAAACUUUGAUGUAUCAAUAUCAAAAUUUAAAAGAAAUUGUAAAAAAAAUUUACUGUGCAGUGCUCUCACAUUUUGUUAG